AUGGUUCUUUUUCACAACUUUCAACUCUGCAUCAGUGCAUGUGGUAAAGCUGAAUAUGAAGUGGAUGGAGAAUGUUGUCCUAUGUGUAGCCCUGGUUUCCAUGUGUACAAACGGUGUUCUGAGUAUACAUCUACAUCAUGUAAACCCUGUUCUCCAUCUACUUUCACUGAUCUACCCAAUGCGCUGCUUCAAUGCUUACAAUGUACAGUCUGUGAUUCCAGUCAAGGGUUAAGAACAAAGACAGAGUGCACAUCUACUGCAGACACCAUCUGUGAACCACGUGAAGGACAUUACUGUAUUGACCUACACAAACACGGCUGCAGAGCAGGUGUUGAACAUUCAACAUGUAAACCUGGACAAUACAUCAUACAAAAAGGAACAGCAGAUACAGACACUGUGUGUGGUGACUGUGUUGGUGAAACUUACUCAGAUGGCUCAUUCACAUCCUGUCUCCCACAUACUCAGUGUGAGAGUUCCAAUGGUGUCGUGAGAUGGGUAAAAAGGCCAGGGACUCAUUCAUCAGACACCGAAUGUGAAGAAAAACAUACAGUUCCUAUCGUACUUGGUGUUAUAUCUGGGGUUUUAGUUAUUGGCGAGCACAGACUGCUAAUCCGACUUGUGAGGAGUCAACAUCCAUGGUCUGAGACGAUUCGAGACAAGACCAGGCCUCCAGACCAGCCUGCCGGUCAUAACUGA